UGUAAACCUUAUGGACAGGUCAGUAGUUAGUUCAAUGUUAACCUAAUGGACAGGUCAGUAGUUAGUUCACAUUUUAAGCAUUGUUAUGUAUGUAACUUUUAAGCCAUUUUAUGUAUUUUUUUAUGGUUUUUGUCGAGCCUUCGACUUUAGUCGAAAAAGCGAGACUAAGCGAUCCUACAUUCCGUCGUCAGCGGCGUCCACAAAUAUUCACUCUGUGGUUAAAGUUUUUGAAAUUUUAAUAACUUUCUUAAACUAUAAUGUAUUUCUACCAAACUUGGCCAGAAGCUUGUUUAUGAUCAUAAGAUAGUAUCCAGAAGUAAAUUUUGUAAAAAUAAAAUUCCAUUUUUCCCAUAUUUUACUUGUAAAUGGACUUAGUUUUUCGGGGGGGAAACAUUACAUUCACUCUGUGGUUAAAGUUUUUAAAAUUUUGAUAACUUUCUUUAACUAUACUGGAUUUCUACCAAACUUUGACAGAAGCUUGUUUAUGAUCAUAAGAUAGUACCCAGAAGUAAAUUUUGUAAAAAUAAAAUUCCAUUUUUUCCAUAUUUUACUUGUAAAUGGACUUAGUUUUUCUGAGGGGAAACAUUACAUUCACUCUGUGGUUUAAAGUUUUUAAAAUUUUAUUCUAAUAUGACGUGCUUCUUUAGCUUUGUAAAGAAACCAUACUUUAUUAUCCAAUAAAAUUAGUUUGCACAUGCGUAUAUUGACUACGGCAGAAAAAUGAAUUUUAUCAAAAUUGGUAUGCAUUUAAUGUAUUCCAUUAACUUAAAACACUUUCAAACUCUAAAAUGAUACACAUUGUGUUACUAAUACUUUCACAAUGACAACAAUGUGUUACAAUUCAUAAUUGAACUAUUUGACCUAGAUACCGCAACGUCCAUGUUGGCUGUUCCAACUUCAAAACCCCUCCCUCUGAAAAACACGUUUCAUCGUCUGCUUGUUUACAAAACAAAAUGGAGUAUGCGAGGACAAUCCCGUUAAAAAUUGGACUCAAGGUAGAACACAAAGGACAAGACUACAUAAUAAUUAACCAUUUCAAUCAGAAACAAUCUGUUGUACAAUACAUAAUAAAAUAUUUCAUCAGGUCAAACAAAACGUGUAUUCAGACAUGAGAUAUGUGAUGCAUCAGUUUCGUCAAUGUUUGCCAGACUAACUGAUGCCACAAUAUACCAGUUCGAGCAAGAGAGCUCGCAAUCAGAUGAUGAGCUUUCCAAUUUUGCUGAAUUAGUUUCUGAACCUGUAGAAGAACCACAACCAAGGUUAGAACCAGAACAAGCUUCAGAACAACCAGAACAAGCUUUAGAACCAGAACUAGCUUUAGACCCGGAACCACCCCUAAAGAAACCAAGGUUCAAAGAAAUGCCAAGCAGAGAGCACAUAGAUAUGUUGGCUCAGGCCAGAGUAGAAGAGACAACUAAGCAACAAACUGAUUGGGGAGUGCGCCUUUUCAGAGGAUGGUUGACAGAAAACCAAUACAGUGACAAGUUUGAGGAACUUGAAAGCUCCAUAUUAAAUGAGAGAUUAUGCUUUUUCUAUCCAAGCCUGCAAACAAAAAAAGGAACAGAUUACUCUAAAUCAGCAUUAGUUGGAAUACGUGCAGCAAUAUCCCGUCAUCUCACAUCUCCACCAUACAACCGUAAUGUUAAUUUAAUGAAAGAUAAUGCCUUCAUGACAUCAAAUCAUGUAAUAACGGGAAUGAUAAAAACCCUAAAGAGAGCCGGCAAAGAUGUUACGGUACACAAAAAACCUGUAGCUGAAGGAGACAUACAGCGUUUAUAUUCAAGUGGGGUUUUCAACACAGAUUCCCCAGCAACACUACAAAACAAAGUAUUCUGGGACUUAAUGUUGAAUUUUGGAAGACGAGGCCAGGAAGGGUUAAAUAGUUUGACAAAGUCAUCUUUUGGUAAGUUCAAGGAUGACAGGGACCAUACAUAUUAUAAAAUGACAUACAAUGAGGCAAAUAAAACUCACCAUGGCGUUGAUUCCCAUGAAAACCGUCAAGAGGUGCGUAUGUAUGAAAAAUCAGGAGAUGAAAACUGUCCAGUGGCAAGUUUUGAUUUUUAUGUAUCUAAAUUGAGUCCUAAAUGUAAUGCGCUGUUUCAACAGCCAUUGCUUUAUCCAAAACCAAAUUGCUGGUAUGCUAAUCAAGCCAUGGGAAAAAACAAAUUGAGUCAAAUGAUGCCAAGGAUUUCAAAUGAAGCAGGCCUUUCCUACAGAUACACCAACCAUUGUAUAAAAGCUACCGUUGGUACUGGGCUGAAACGCGCCGGGGUCGAUGAUUUAACUAUCAUGUCAGUUACGGGUCAUAGAAACAUUAAAUCGUUAGAAAGUUAUGUUGCUGGACCGUCAGAUGCACAAAGGCGUGCCCUCUCAUCAACUCUACAGGGUGUAGCUACCGCAAGUAACAGUAAUGAAUCUGUGUCAAAGGGCCCCUCCUGCCAAGUCUCAAAUCAUGUCAGUACAAUAUCCAGGAAUCCUCUGUCCGACAUGAGUAUUUUCACAAACGCUACAAUAACCAGGGGAACAUUUACUAUAAAUUUAGUUAGUAAAGACUUACCCGAUUCUCCAGUACGUCCACCGCCAUUGACAAGUUCAACUGACUGAAAAACGCGGCCUGAAAUGUGCGUGUCAGCUGAACUGUUGACCUCAAAGGAAAAGACGUUGAUUUAUAACGUUUCUGUUAUUUUGUGACUCAAACAUUGUUUUAGUUAAUAAAUUUGUUAAUUUCUGUUUUAAUUUAGAAUUUUAAAAUUAUUACAACUUUGCAAAAUUAAACUGGUUUGAACUAGUUGAAUAAAAAUCAACAGGGAGGUUGAUAGAAGAGCCUACACACAUACUGUAACCUUAUACACAGCAAACAUAGAAAUUACCGUAAAUGUCCUAAUCAGAAUCGAAAUAAUUGA